AUGUUGCGCGUAACACAAACCAAAAAUACGUUGCUCGAUGGAGCCACCAUAGAUUCACAACUAUACACAACCCCACAGGAUUGUGAGGAUUUCUUCGAAAGCAUUGAAAAACCGACGACAGUUGUUGCAGCUCCACGUCCAACUUUUAUACGAGUUGGAGUACUAACCACAGUGAGAGGCUCUGCUUACAUGGAAUAUGGCAACACUAAGGUGAUGGCCAUAGUGGCCCCGCCACGCGAACUAAUCCGCUCCAACGUGCGUCGUGUGAAUAUGGGUGUCAUCAAUUGCUAUGUGAACUUUGCGGCUUUUGCCAGCGAUGAUCUGGAAGCGGUGCCGGAACGUGAAAAGCACCUGAGCAGCAUGCUGACCAAGGCACUGCAACCCUUAGUUUGUCGCAAUGAAUUUGUCAACUUUCAACUCGAUAUUCGAGUUUUAAUCUUGGAUGACGAUGGCUGCCUGCUGAGUACUGCGAUCAAUUGUUGCGGUGUUGCGCUGAUCGAGUGUGGCAUAUCCACAUAUGACCUGAUCACCGCCUCCACAGCAUGCAUUUAUCGUGAUCAUGUAUUCGUUAACCCCACCGCUAAGGUGGAGGAGUUGCUUUGGCAGCACAGAGCGGGCAAUGCGCUGCUGGGCAGCAGCAGUAAGUCCAAGGAGGAGAAAGAGGAGCAAAAGGAUGUGCAACAACAUGGCCUACUCAUCAUUGCGAGCAUGGAAACUUUUGAGCAGCUGGCGCAGUGUCAACAAUGUGGUUACCUCAAGCCUGAGACUUAUGUCCAACUCUUGGAUUACACGCUAGAAAUAAACAAAUCGCUGCGGCAGCUGAUUAAACGCGUGCUUACCGAACGUGUGAAGGAGCAGCAUGUGCUGGAUAUGCGUGAAAAGCAACUGGAACAUCAAGAGGAUCAGCGGCUGGCUGCAAUCAUUGAGAAGCUGCAGCAGCAAGGACUCCACGAGUUCAUACAAAGCAACAUCAAAGAGGAUCCAUAUACCGCAAAAUAAAUGUUUCAUGUUUAUAUAAUUUUGUGUUAUACUUAAC